CCACCCUAGAGAGCCCGCGCUCUUAUCACCUCUCUCAAGUCCUAGCCUCCUCUAUUUAGACUCUGUCAUGGGGUUCCAAGAAGAGAAGUUGGUGGAGAAAAUCUCAGAGAUCCAUGAGAACAUCUCCAAUCUCCCAAGCCUCAGCCCUUCCAAGGAAGUGAACACCCUCUUCACCAAACUAGUCCUCACUUGCAUCCCUCCAAGCCCCAUAGAUGUGUCCAAGCUUAGCAAAGAUGCUCAGGAGAUGAGAUCCAAGCUCAUCCAACUCUGCGGCGAGGCCGAAGGCCUCUUGGAGAGCCACUAUUCCGACAUUCUAGCGAACACCUACGACAACCCGAUCGAUCACCUGGCCCUCUUCCCAUACUACUCCAACUAUCUGCAGCUGAGCCUCUUGGAGCACACGCUGUUGGCCCGGCACGCCACGAGCCCACCAGCCCGGGUGGCCUUCGUGGGCUCGGGGCCCUUGCCCUUGAGCUCGCUGGUGCUGGCCGCGCGGCACAUGAGGGCCGCCCGGUUCCACAACUACGACGUGGACCCGAGCGCGACCACGCGGGCGCGCCGCCUGGUGCGCGCCGACCCGGACCUCGGCGCGCGCCUGGCCUUCCUCACCGCGGAUCUCUUCGGCCUCACCCGCGAGCUCGCCGGCCACGACGUGGUCUUCCUUGCCGCCCUCGUCGGCGUCGAGCGCGAGGAGAAACUCCGAGCCGUCGAGCACCUGGCGCGGCACAUGGCGCCCGGCGCCUACCUCGUCCUCCGGAGCGCCCACGGGGCCCGGGCCUUUCUCUACCCCGUGGUCGAGCCCGGCGAUCUCAAGGGGUUCGAGGUGCUGUCCGUUUAUCACCCAAGCGACGAGGUCAUAAACUCGGUGAUUAUAGCGAGGAAGCUGACGCAGGGUGGGGUGGGGACGGGUGCUGUGAUGAGGACCUGCAAGUGCUGUGAGAUGAUGCAAGGCAUCAAUCACUUGGGGGGGCAUGGGGCCAUGAUGGAGGAGAUGGCACUGGAGGAGCUUCCCUCGUGAGAGUGGGAGUUUUAAGUAUGUCUUGCUGAAUUGCUGGCUGGCAAGAUGUUAUGAUCGAUUAUAUAUCCUAUCUUCCGACUGUUGUUGUUAUAUGCUCAUGAUGGUGUAUGGGUUACCAUAAUUUGUACUGGGCUUUUGAAGUCUUUACCAAUCAGCGGCAUCAAUGGUGGCAUUGUUGUUUUUGGAUUUGAUGGAAAAAGUUUCUUCUGUUCUAAUCGAGAAUUUUAUCUAUAA